CGGAAGCUGGCCACCUGUUGGGGACAUUGAGGUGUACGUCGUCUCACCUCUUAUGAAUUCGUCCACCUAACUCCACCAACUCCUGGGAACUUUUUGGACACGUUGUUGCUUUUGUAGGCAGCAAGAGAGCAACUACAUGGAUAAACUGAAGAAGGUGCUGAGCGGUGAAGAUGGGGAUAAUAACUCGGACGGGACCGGAAUACUGGAGAGAGCCAAUCAGGCUUCGACACUGUCUUGGGGGACAAGGAUGAAAGGCUUCUUUUUCUGUUUCAUUUUUGGGGUUCUGUGCUCCAUUUUGGGCACAUGUAUGCUGUGGUUGCCUUGGUUUGGUCUCAUUGUGUUCGCUGUCCUGUACACUGUGGGAAACAUCUGCGCUUUAUCCAGCACCAUGUUCCUGAUUGGACCGAUCCAACAGUUAAAGAACAUGUUUGCCAAAGAACGAGCACUGGCCACAGUCAUCAUGCUGGUGUGUCUGGUGCUGACAUUGUGUUCUGCUUUCUGGUGGAAGAGCAACGGCCUUGCACUGCUCUUCUGUGCCUUGCAGUUUAUAGCGUUCACCUGGUAUGGCCUGUCUUACAUCCCAUUCGCCAGGGACUGCAUCCUCAAAUGUUGUUCUGUGUGUUUCUAAAAUGUCUGAGUGACCAUUCAGGAUGCUGGCCAGGUGUGGUUUCCAUGGAGACAAAUUGUAUUUCCAUAUUCUGUAUGUUACUUCCCCACCUGCUUUCAGCAUAGAAUGUUAUUUUUUAAAAUCUGCUCACUUUUUUUCCUCUGCGUAUUUCUGUUAUUUAUUACGAUAUCCUGUUUUUACAUUUUUGAUCAAGUCUGUUUAUUGGUUAAUUGGUAAUUUAUUUAAGAGCAAACUGUAUAUCGUGGUAGGAUAGAAUUCUGAUCUCAAAGUGCUUUACAUAGUUGCUGGGGAAUAUAUUCUCAUUCAGCUUUAUUGUCCAGAUAUUUCAGAGCAAAUUUUCUUUUUUGUUUUUGUGAAUAUUUAUAUUUGUUUUAGAACAUUUAAAAAAUGACCCCAAAAAAAAUUCAUGAUCACUGAAUGCUUAAAAUGUGACCUCCAAAGCAAACCAAAUAAAACAACAGCAUUUCCUUGAUGCUGAAAUUUUUAUUCAAA